AUGUUGAACACAAUUAUUUUGCUCAUUUUGCGAAAGUGUAUCGAUUUUGAUGAUAUUGCGUUGAGGAAUGCAUUUGACCAGAUGCUUACUAACACUUGCAAUGGGCUCCCAAUUUCGCUUCUUGAGGAGAAAUCUCGUCGCCAUGGUUUGCGUGCUAAACGGUACAAAUCAGAUCCCAAGCGCGUUUUCCGGUUAAUUGCUCCAAUUGCUGCUAUUUAUCCGUCAAUUUUUGUUGAACAAAUUAAAGAUAAAUUAGAAAUAAAGAAAGACGAAUUAAAAAUCAAGGAUAAGACUGAUGUGAAACAGGACUCAGACUCUUCUCUAGAUACAACCAACCUUAAAGAAGUUCUCCGAGCAACUAUAGAACAAUUGCAACGCUCUAUCAACAAAGAUACUUUUAAGGAAAAUUCUGUUUUUCAUGCAUCUAAUUUACUUAAAUUCAUUGCUGAGAUUGUUCGUAGUUACCCUCACGCUUCUUCUAUUUUUGUAAAUAUGGUUUUGGAUGGACAAAAUGUUGUUACUUGGUUGAUUGACAAAUUUCUCCUUAAUUACAACAAAGAAAACAAAGAUUCUCAAGAGGUAGUUUUUUCAACAAAAGCUGUCCUUUCUAGUUUGAUUGGUGACCAUUCGACUUCAAAUGUAGUGGAUCGUGUGGUUGAAGAUAUCAAAAAUCUACUCUUUGCAAAUAUAGAGGAAUAUAAUAAGGCAACUUUUCAAGUUAUUUCUCUUUCUGACAAAACAAAAUUGGCUACAAACUUUGCCGACCAGUUGAUUGUUAUUACGCAACUAUUAAUUCUUUUACGAGAUUCUGCUAGCCAGGGUAGCACCUUAUCUCCGGGUGAUUCGACAAAGCAAAUGGUUUUACUAGUGAAAAGCAUGUCCAAAAAUAAUCUUUUUAAUAUUCUUGUCAAAUCGAUAUGGAAUUUACCGUUUCAUGAACCUCAAGGUUUUGAAGCUGUGAACACAUUGCUUAAACUAUUUGAGAGUGUAGUUGCAAAGGAUAUGAAUCGCUUUACUUUUUCUCGGAGUAAUACAAACAGAGAAGAGCCGAGACAGCAUAUAACAAAUAGAAAUACUGGUGGUGAGCAACAACAUCAAGAUGAUUCCAACCAACCUAGUAUGGAUAUUGGUGUCGGAGAAAAUGCUAAUUUAGAGGAAAGUGAGCAAAAUCCUGAAGAGAGAAGCGAGAGAAUUGCUGACCUUGAUUCAAUAUUUACUAUUUCAACAGCUAACCGCAUCAGGCCAGAGGAAGAAGCGGACGAAGACGAAGGUAAUCAUCCAAAUUUAGUGGAGGAUAAUGAUCACGAAGAUGAAGCUAGCUCUACACAAUCGGAUGAAGAAGACGAUAUGGACACUGCUGAGGAGAUGGAUGCAACUCAAGCAGAUGCUGCUGCGGAGGAAGAGGCUGCUGAAGAGGACAUGGAGGAGGAUGAUGAUGAGCGUAACUCUGAAAAUAUGGUUGGGGACGAAGGAACUGCUGAACGUGUGAACAAUCAAAAUUUUGGUGUUGAUGCCCCUAAUGAGAUUGAUGACGAUGAUGAAGAGGAUGAGGAUGAAGAGUGGGAUGAUGAAGGUGGCAAUAAUGAUGAGACACUUGUUGAGUUUGAAGUUUAA